GCUCUCAUCCACACACACACAUUCACAUCAUCUGAUCGGAUCUCCACAGGAGCAGCUCAUUUUACGAUGGGUCGCUACAGUGAUUUCUAACAGCACUGUGAUUGGCUCAUUCUGUUUUUUGGCUGCUGUCGCCAUGGCGAAGAGUCCGGAGGUGAAGCUGGCAGUUUUUGGCAGAGCCGGAGUGGGCAAGUCAGCUCUCGUGGUGCGAUUCCUGACCAAGCGCUUCAUCUGGGAGUAUGACCCCACACUCGAGUCCACGUAUCGACAUCAAGCUAAUAUUGACGAUGAAACUGUCAGCAUGGAGAUUCUAGACACGGCCGGACAGGAGGAUCUUCUGCAGAAGGAGGGUCACAUGCGCUGGGGUGACGGCUUCAUCCUGGUGUAUGACAUCACAGACCGCGGGAGCUUCGAGGACGUGGCUCCUCUCAAAGUUCUCCUGGAUGAGGUGAAAAGACCCAAACACGUGCCGCUGGUGCUGCUGGGAAACAAAGCGGAUCUGGAACACGGCCGACAGGUUGCCACGGAGGAGGGCGAGAGGCUUGCAGCGGACAUGGCCUGCGCGUUCUACGAGUGUUCGGCGUGCACGGAUCAAGUGGGCACGGGUGGAGGUGUGGCUGAGGCGUUCUACGAGCUAUGUCGCGAGAUUCGCCGCAGACGCGCCGUACAGGGCAAAACUCGCCGCCGGAGCUCCACAACACACGUCAAACAAGCCAUUAACAAGAUGCUCACCAAGAUCAGCAGCUAGAGAGACGGAGAGUGUAAGAAACGUUCAGGAACAUUCUGGACUUUAAAGAACACAUGCAUUAGCAGCCAUUAUUAUAAAUUAACACAUUUGUUUAUUAAUAAUGGAUGAAAUGUUUUAAAGGGGUCAUAUCAUGAGUCAUAUCAAAUCAAGAGUUCAUUGUGUUAUGAAAACAUACUGCAAGUUUCAAAAAGAGUAAAACUGUAAAAACGACAGAUGAACACAUGCUUGCCUACAUUUACACAUCAAUGAUGCCUGUUUGAGUGAUCAGAAACAGUAAGGUAAAAAGGAGGAAGUAGAACAGGUGAACUAAUGAUAAAGGCUCUGAUAUACUCACGGCGAAGUUCUGAUAUACGAACAGUCGAACAACAGUAUACUGUUUGCGAACAUUUGCACACCGAUGUCACCAGGGCCAGCGUUUAGAAGAGCAUUUAAAAAUAAGACAACCAAUACAUUAAUAAUGACUUCAUGCCUCUUUCUAGGAGCUGUUUUAACCACUCGAUGAUAAUUUAAAGUAAAAUAUGUGCAGUAGAUAAUGUCUUAUUUGUCAUGUUUAGGUUCUACAUUUAUGGCGCAUAUGCUCGUGAAAAGGUUUUUAAUACUUGCUUUUUAAAGACAUCGGUACUACUGCAAAGAUGGGUGUAUAAAAGGGUGUCAACUCUGCACUCCACACCAAUAUGCUAAUAACUCACAAAAAUCAGCUUAUUAAAAAAGUCAGAUAAAGCAAGAGAUCCACUUACAUGGCAUUUUAAAUAAUCGCGUUAUUCUCUGUUUUUGAUGUCAAACCGUGAAGAUGCAUGUGCACAACACGUGCCCACAUUGGAUAAGCUGGUAAAAUCGCCAGUUAAAGUGUUUACAUGCAACAUGAAAUUGGGUUAAUGGGCAAAACUCUACCUGUGUUGAUCGGUUUAUUCUAACGCUGUUUAUGACCUUACACCGAUAAAGGAACGCCGUUUAAUGCAUUUACAUGAACAGACGUGUUGUUGACUUAUUAAGCAUAAUCGGUGUAAGAAUGUGCAUGUACCUGUAAAUGCAUUCAAUGUCAAAGUAGGUGGAGCAUCAGGUCACACCAACCGAUCACAUUGACCAAUGGCAUUAAGAAGGUGUUCAAUAGCCGAUACGAAGUUUUCGUAAAAAUGCAAUUCACACAAAAGACUUGAACAUGUUUUAAAUGACUGAAUGCAAAGUCUUUCUGGGGCUUUAGGUGAACAAUGUCAUGUGGUGUAACCGUCCAGAGACGGAAAAAAAUAAUUAAAAGCUGAAAAUCUUGAAAAAAUAAAUGUCGGCAUUAGUAGUUCAGAAUGAUCUUUUAUUAUAAUUAGGCCUAGUAUUAGAAAAAAACGUUAGUCUACCAAAUCAAAGUCAGGUAGUGUAACCAAAAUGCAGGUAGUCAUUUUGUUAUGUUGAUAAAAAGCAUAAAAUACAGAUGAUCCCUUUAGACCAUCAUAACUGACUGUGAAGUUUAAUGUCCGAUAUUUUGACAUUUUUAUGAAAAGGAACAUUUUGUUUUGAUCAUAUGGAGGAACACUGAGAAAACUUUUGAUAUUCGUGACUCAUAACAUUUGUACAAAUUAAAAAAAUACUUUCUUACCUUGAAAAAUGUGUUUGAAAACUUUUUGAAAUUAAUAAUCAAGUUGUGUACACUCAUGCAAUCAACGAGCAUGAAACGUAUUUUACUACUUUUUAAUACCAACUUGAUGGUUACCAACACAUGACGAUUUUUAAAGUCAUUAAAUAAUUUUUUGUAGAAUAUGCUAUAAAUGUUUGUUUUUUUCAAUCCCCUUUUCUCCCCAAUUUGGAAUGCCCAAUUCCCACUACUUAGUAGGUCCUCGUGGUGGCGCGGUUACUCACCUCAAUCCGGGUGGCGGAGGACAAGUCUCAGUUGCCUCCGCUUCUGAGACCGUCAAUCCAUGCAUCUUAUCACGUGACUCGUUGUGCAUGACACCGCGGAGACUCACAGCAUGUGGAGGCUCAUGCUACUCUCCACGAUCCACAAACAACUUACCACACACCCCAUUGAGAGCGAGAACCACUAAUCAUGACCACGAGGAGGUUACCCCAUGCGACUCUACCCUCCCUAGCAACCAGGCCAAUUUGGUUGCUUAGGAGACCUGGCUGGAGUCACUCAGCACACCCUGGAUUCAAACUCAUGACUCCAGGGGUGGUAGCCAGCAUCAAUACUCGCUGAACAACCCAGGCCCCCCAUUACACCCAUUCUUAAUUUGAUUUCGCUAGAAGUAUAUUGCUGCCUUUAGAGUAAAGUGUGUUAAAGUGUGUGAAAGUGUGUAAAAGCAUGUGCUGUUUGUGUGUGUGUAGCACCUGCCACUCUGCAGAUCCUUCUGAAGAAUCACAACAAGAUCCACGAUCAAUGAAUCUGAUCUAAACAGUUUCAGUACAGAUUGUUUUACGAAUCUGUCACAAUGUAACGCAGCUGCACACAGAGGCUGUUAUUGAAGAAUGAGACUGUAUUGAAUCCAACAGCAAACCCGCAGCUCGUGUGUGAACGCAACAAAGUGCUGUUACUCAUUCACGUGAAGUUUUUUAAAGGCACAUUAGCAAAAAAGAGAGGGUGAAAAAUAAUCAUGAAAAUGUACUGGUUACUUUCAUAACCUCCGUUCCCUGAUGGAGGAAACGAGACGUUGUGUCGAUGUAGUGACACUAGGGGUCACACUUGGGAGCCCCAAACACCUCUGCUUUUUUUAAAAAAGGCCAACGGGAAUUGGCGAGUGGAAUUUGCAUGCUACUCCCCUGGACAUACGGGUAUAAAAGGAGCUGGUAUGCAACCAGUCAUUCAGGUUUUGUGCUGAGGAGCCGAGACCAGAUCCAGGCCAUUUCAGCGGGUAGUUCAGUGUUGUGGCAAGAGGGACACAACGUCUCAUUCCCUCCAUCAGGGAACAGAGGUUACGAAAGUAACCAGGACAUUCCCUGUCUGUCACUCACUUGACGUUGUGUCGAUGUAGUGACACUAGGGAUCCUUAUACGAAACGCCACAACUAGCUGAACUGUGUUACGUGAACUGGUGGUGUGUGAUGGGCAGACCGCUGUGUAUCUCGUAGCCAGCACAUCAGGCCGUCAUGUAACCUCCCCCAAUGCUCUUAUGAGCGUCGAACGGUCCAUCAGGAACAAGUCGACUGCCCAACUAUAGGGACAGGCUAGCCCAGCCGAGGCCUCUUUUCCCUCUCUUUUCUCCCCAAAAAGAGUGGAAUUUGUUAACUGACUGGGAGCCAUAAGUGUCUGCGUCGGGGGGUGUCCCUCCCAAGGGGAAGACACCGCGGAGACCACACCCUGCCCAAAAGGGGGGGGGGUGUUUUGAGUGGAAUACGUCACAUGGUCUUACCGAGUCUUGUCGAAAGUAUGUCAUGUGGAGAGGUCCCAUGGUAGGUCCUACCCGAAGGGGGAGGAUUUUCUACAGAGCAUGGCGACCGGGGGCAGAGCGCCCCUGAGACGGGCGACCCAGGGGCAAGGAGACCCGCUUCUCUGGAGCUGGUGAGCAGACCACUCCAUCCCCCGGUGGAGGGACGGGAGGAAAAUCUUUUGUUUCCUUUUCAUUUAAUUUCGCUGCAUGUCCAAGAGGCUGCGGUACCCAAAAAUUCAACAAAAGAACAGUUUUCUUGUUCCCUGUGUCACAUGUCCAGUGUGCAUGACCGUUGUCACGACCACCGUCCCAUCUUUGCAGGUAUGGCGCUCCAGAGUGCCCAGACACGUAAGACAGCGAUCGUGGCCGUCAGAAGUGGAGCGAUAACGACCGCAACCAGGAAUAACACACAAAUGGAAAGGAAUCUUUUAAAAAGACGUUCCGUGUGUGCCGCUCUUUUAGAAAGAAAAUAUACUCUUUUUAGAAUAUACUCUUUUAGCCGCUGAAAUGUGCCGUAGAAUCCAGCAGAUGAGGUAAACAAACUUAGUGGAUGAAUUCAGCUUCAAUGAAUAGAACCACUCGGCUCCGAAGAAAAAAUCUGAAUGAGUGGUUGCAUACCAGCUCCUUUUAUACCCGUAUGUCCGGGGGAGUGGCAUGCAAAUUCCACUCGCCAAUUCUCAUUGGCCUUUUUUCAAAAAAGCAGAGGUGUUUGGGGCUUCCAAGAGUGACCCCUAGUGUCACUACAUCGACACAACGUCGAGUGAGUGACAGAUAGGGAAACUAAAAUAUGACCUUACUAACAUUAUAAGUGGACCACAGGGAAAUAAAGUAAAUGAAAGCGAUGAUAUGACCCCUUUAAGUACUGACAGAAGUGUAGAUCUGAUGCAUUGCAUAACUCAUGUUUGUAACUCCUGCUUCAUUGUUGUCUGGAUGCAGUAUGAUGGUGUGUGUUAAUAGUUUUCUGCACUGUGGUGUGUGUACUCUCAAUGUUUCUCCAUGGUCCGAGGCCUCCAGUUGUAUAUUUGUUCUCACAGCUGAAAUGAAGGAUUCUGUGAAAUGUCAACAGAGAUUUCGUCCAAUCCUCAUUGAACACAUGAAGAAUUUAGAGAAACAUUUUGAGCCCAAGCAUCGGCCGUCCAAUAAACCGCUACCAUCGUUCAUAAUCACAGCAUUAUGACAUCAAACACAGACGCCCACUGCCUCAUCUGCAGAUGGUGGAAUGUCUCUGUGUUUGUCUGUGUGUUGCUACAGAUGCCGUCUCAUAUGAAAAAUCUCCUCUUAUUGGCUCAGAAAAUCUGAAGGCCGUCAGGGGCCAAAACAGCCAUAUGUGUCAUGUUUUUCAUCACAAACAUGAGUAAACAAAUGUAUAUAUCUCCCUUUAUGACUCAAGAGUUCUAUUGUCAAAAGAUGUGUACAGUAUAUGUAAAACACACCAUGUUUCUGUACAGUGUCUGAUAUUGUAGAUUUCACUGUUUGCUGAGCACACAGACUUGAACGCUGUGCAAUAUAUUAAAGAAAUGACUAUGA